AUGGCCGGUGGUGACACUGAAGACGAUAUGGCUGCAAAAGAUGAGCCGUUUUCUCCAGUGCGAGGAUAUAACUCGCCUAAGGACUUUAAUAUUCAGUUUCCUUCCAACAGACAUGGCGGAUUGAGAACAAUAGUGUUCGCUGAACCUUCGAAUGUACGAACAGGCCCGCCAAGGCCAGAUGACUUGAAGAAUGGUCUUUUACCCGGAGAUCAAUUAAUUAAAGUUGAUGGCAAAAGUGUGGAUGCUAUGUCCCGAGAUGAACUGCACAACGCUGUCCGGAGUGCAGGAGAUCAAAUAGUUCUGGAGGUGAAGUCUGUUCCCGAGUUGGCGGAAUUCUGCGAUCGAAAGCACCGCCAAAGUGGUGGAAGAGCAGACGAUGAUCAGUUAAUGCUUGGUCAUAUCAACACGAAUCUCUACGAGGACAUCCCUGAGGAGCAGCGAUACUGGCUUGUUCACAAAGGCGGUUAUACGGUUGUACGGCUCCUCGAGCUUCUCCCUGAUGGCCGAGCCCUCAUCCGAGUAGCUGGUCGUGAGAUGACUGUUGAUUCCACCGAUAUCGACAGAAUGAAUCCAACUCAUCUUGAUCGAGUAGGCGAUGUAGCAGCGCUUUGUUAUCUGAAUGAGACGAGUGCUGUACACCUGCUGCGGCAGCGAUUUGGAUGCAACCUGUCGUACACGAAUGCUGGCCUUAUUAGUCUUGUUUGCCUCACGUCAGUUGAAGAAGGUGCAGUUGGUCAAGAUCGUCUUGUUUCGCUAUUCAAAGGAUGUCGUCGUGGACAAAUGCCCGCCCAUAUUUAUGCUACUGCGCAACAGGUAUAUAGGAAUCUCCAAAUGACGGGUCAUAAUCAAUGCAUUGUGCUGACGGGCAAUAGUGGUAGCGGCAAGACCACACAACUUCGCAACUUUGUACAUUAUCUUGCUGAAGUAGCUGGAUGGACAAGGAGUUUGCCAUGUAAGCCUUGA